UUCCAGAGCUGACAAUGAAAUCCCAUGAUGCUCAGAAUAUGUAAAAGCCAUAUGAUCCCUUCAUUCUUUUUUAAGUCUUGUGAGACUUUAGCUUCAUAUCAUCUUCCUCUAUAUAUACCCAAACUAAACCAUCAUUAAGAAGUAGCCUUCUCUUCACAAUCUUUGUUCAGCAAAAAUGGGCAUUUUCAGGGAUUUCAACGGCCAAGCCAAGCAAGAAAAGAAACUCGGAGGAACCAGGGCUACGCUUUUUGUCUACGCCAUGGAAGGACUGGAGAAUAUGGCAUUCAUCUCAAAUGCCGUCAGCCUGGUAACCUACUUUUAUGGGUACAUGAACUUUAGCCUAACCAAAUCAGCAACCACCCUUACCAAUUUCAUGGGGACUUCAUUUUUGGUAGCACUCUUCGGAGGGUUCAUCUCUGACACAUAUUUGUCAAGGUUCAAGACUUGUGUCUUGUUUGGCUGCAUAGAAUUGCUGGGAUACGCGGUCUUAACAGUACAAGCUCAUUUCCACCAACUACGACCACCCCCAUGCCAAGGUCUUGCAAUAAGCCGAGCAAUUCAAUGCGAGGCCGCCGACAGCAGCCAGGCUGCCAUCCUUUUUACCGGUCUAUACCUCGUUGCAUUUGGUACUAGUGGGGUUAAGGCAGCUUUGCCAUCAUUGGGGGCCGACCAAUUCGAUGAAAGGGAUCCUAAAGAAUCAGCUCAAUUGUCAAGCUUUUUCAACUGGUUCUUGCUCAGUCUCACUGUUGGAGCCAUAAUUGGUGUGACUUUAAUCGUCUGGAUAAGCACAAAUCAGGGUUGGGACUGGGCUUUUAGUGCAUCCACGUUGGCUGUCUUGGUUUCCAUCGUGUUUGUAAGCAUGGGCAAGUCCUUGUACCGUAACAAUGUCCCCAAAGGGAGCCCUCUCCUUCGUAUUAUACAGGUAUUUGUGGUGGCAAUCCGAAACCGGAAGCUUCCACAACCCGAGGUGGUGGAUGAAUUACAUGAAGUUCGUAACAAAGAAGCAGGGGUGCACAAUGAAAUUCUCCCCAGAACUGAUCAAUUCAGGUUUCUAGACAGAGCAGCAAUUGGGCAGACCUCUGGCGAUGCAUCUACAUCAAUAAGUCCUGGACCCUGGAGACUUUGUACAGUAUCACAAGUUGAAGAAACAAAGAUCAUAAUUAGGAUGCUUCCAAUUAUUCUCAGCACCGUUUUCAUGAAUACUUGUUUAGCUCAACUCCAGACUUUCACCGUCCAACAAAGCACAACCAUGGAUACUCAUAUCCUUAGUUUUAAGAUGCCUGGUCCCUCCAUCCCGGUUAUCCCUCUAGUGUUCAUGUUCAUUUUUAUCCCCAUAUAUGACCGCAUUUUUGUCCCAGUUGCUCGGAAAAUAACAGGAAUCCCAACCGGAAUUCGCUAUCUUCAAAGAAUCGGGGUUGGGUUGGUUCUGUCGGCCAUAUCCAUGGCGGUAGCUGGAAUUGUAGAAACACGACGUAAAUCGGUGGCGCGCAAACACGACAUGGUGGAUUCUCUUCGGCCUCUGCCAAUGAGUGUGUUUUGGCUUGGAUACCAAUAUGCUAUAUUUGGGUUGGCUGAUAUGUUCACAUUCGUUGGGCUGCUGGAAUUCUUCUAUGCCGAGAGCUCGGCAGGGAUGAAGUCGUUGGGCACGGCCAUUUCAUGGUGCUCAUUGGCUUUUGGUUACUUCUUGAGCACGGUGGUGGUAGAGGUGGUGAACAAGGUGAGUGGUGGAUGGCUGGCUAAUAACAAUUUGAACCGAGACAAGCUCAACUAUUUUUACUGGCUAUUGGCAGCGGUGAGCGUGCUUAAUUUCGGUGUCUACUUGGCUUGUGCUUCUUGGUAUAGGUAUAAGAAGGUCCAAGUCAUUAACCAAGAAGAAAAUCAUGGUAGCGAAGCUGCCAAGGGAAAGCAACUUGAGAUGUUAACAGCUUAGAAUCACAAUGUUUUCCAAAUAAA